CUUUGGUUGGUUUACAAAUUCAAAACCCAACAAAAACGUGACAAGGUGAUUAUAACUCAAACACUUUUAGCCAUUGAGAACAGUGCCUCCCCUGAGGUUUGGUUAUCUAUGCUCAAAAAUUAGUCGACAUCUGAGUCCUCUAUUCUUACACCCCACAGAUCUAUGGAUCCAUUACACUAAAAUGAGAGACUCAACGAUCAUUGAUCAGUCCUUACACACCGCUGAGGUUUCCUCAUCGCACUCAGUAGGGUGAUCAUGAUUUGCCCUUCUAAAUCCUUCCUGAUCGUUUUGUGCUGAGAAAGUGAGAGACUAGAUCAUCAGAUUAGGCCUUUUCUAUUAUAUAAAAAAGAGAGAGAUGUGGGAAACCAAUAAAUGCCAUUACAAGAUGGCGCUGGUUUCAAUAAGCCGAUGCCCAUGAAUAUGGUUAAACAACCAUGAAUAUGGGUAAACAACCAAUGUGCGCAUGUGCAGUAGAGUUUUUGCCGAGUCACUGCCUGGCCCGAGGCAUGUAAAUGAGGUACUGAAAGUAUAACCAAUCAGGUAUAGACACACCACUCCUAGGUCUAUAUAAGUAGUGCUAGUUCUGCAGCUCGGGGUCUUUUGCUUUCACUAUCAAGCUCUCCCAAUAAACGUGUACAGAAGAAUCCUGUUCUGUUGUCCUUCUUGCUGGCAAGUCGGGCGUCUACAGUAUACAGUCCAGGAAAAUAGGCUACAGUUAAAGGCAGUUAUGGUUUUAGUGGCAUCAGUAUCAUAGCAAUGGUUGCAUUUUAGAAAACUUGCACCUUGAAGUAGCAAAACCACACAAGGAAACGGUAAAAGGUGCGAUUACAUUUGUAUGUACCUAUUUGCCUACUAACUAAAUUUCCUGUUUUAUAAAUGGUGGGAAAACAUCCAAAUCUAUGAGUCUAUGGGAGACAUUCUUAUUCAAUCCACUGCACAAUACACUUCACCUGUUAAGAAUAAGGUGUGUGCACAAUGAAACAAAUAUGAUUAGAAUUAAGUAAUAAGUACAAAGCUUCUUGCAGUUUGAAAAUAUUGUGCAUCAUUUAAUUUUAAAAACAUCCCCAAGGGCUGAUGAUAAAACAAUCACACCUUAGUGUGUGCAAGGCUCAGGGUUCAACUUCCAAUACAUGAGAGCAUCUAGAGAGAAAGACAAGGUUGCUCUUUCAGAAAAAGAGAAAACAAAUCACAAAAACUGAAAGUGGAAAGAAAAUGCUCACCCAGGGGCAGGCUCAGCUUCCAGAAACUUCAGGAACCAAUAUAAAAAAGGAUGAAAAUUGCCUCCAGAAUCCUCAUAAGCCUCCACCAACACCAUCCAGCAGUUCCUCAAACAAGAAACAGAAAAACAGAACCAUCCGAAAACAUAGUAUCUCAAAGACAGAGGGUCCUCAGGAAAAGCAACAACGUGUAGAAUUGUCAUCAAUCAGCAACUUCCAAGCUGUAAGCGAACUCCUGACCUUUGAAGGACUUUCAGCAAUUCCUUCGAGCAGACUUCAGUCUUCUCAGAAGCCUCUAGAAGCUCACUUGGAUUUAAAGAUGUCUCCAAUCUCUCCAACAUCACCUUGCCACAAUCUUCCAGUGUCUCUAUCCUCAGACUCAAAUGUUCAUCUGAACUCUAAUGCACAUUCCAUCCUGUUCAGUGGUGCCCAGGUUCCUCAUGUACCAUCAGCAACAGGAUUCAGUAAUGUCGGGGUCCCUCUUAUGCCUUCAGAAACAGUGUUCAGUUCUUCCAGUGCUCCUCAGAUAUCUCAAAUAACAGUACCUAGCAGCAUCCGGGACCUUUACCUUCCUAAACCAGCAGCAUUCAAUAGCACAGAGGCUCCUCACAAACAGGCAAUAGCAUCCAGAAAUGGCCAAACUACUAGAGCGCCAUCAGCAAAACUGACAAGCAAAUCCCAGUUCCUAAAGUUGCAUCCUCCAGCAACAGCAUCCAGCAAUUCUCAGGUUCCUCAUAUUCUAGCAACCAUGCCCAGAAACAUCUCUGUCACACAGGUACCUCAAACAAGAACAUCCAGUAGCAUUCAGACUCUUAACUCUGCUACAGUAAAAGCAUCCAAGAAUGUCCAGGCCCCUCAAGUAUCUUUACCAAUACGACCCAAUUAUUUUCUGGCUUCUGUGGCACCUCCAUCAGCAACACCCAACCGUCUUACAUCUCAUGGGCCACUUUUGUCAAUAGCCACAAGCAGAGCCCAGACUACUCAAAUUGAACCAGGAACAGAAUCCAUUUGUGUCCAGGCUCUUCAUGCUCCUCCAUCAACAGUGUCCAGAAAUAAGUGCACCACUCCAUUGACACAAGGGGCAGAAUCCAGUACUGGGGAAGCCCUUCCCCUUCCUAAAGUAAAAGCAUGCACGAUAUUCCAAGCACCUCGGGUGUCUUCACCAACUGCAUCCAGCAGUAUCAUGAAGCCACAUGCAACUUCAUCAAAAACAUCCAGCAGUCUCCUGGAUCAACAUGCAACUUCAUCAACAGCAUCCAGCAGCCGUCUUCUGGCUCUAAAGUUGUCUCCAGUAACAGCAUCUAGGGCUCUCAGUGCUAUUCCAGGGCUUUCAGAAACAAUACACAGAAGUCCAUCCAGCGUAAUGACCUUUUCUUCUAAUAAUAUUAUGACAGAGGCACCAAGGAGAGGAACUGUACCAAAGGAGCCUUCUAGAGAAGAAGGUCACCAUCAAGGUCCCAAACAAGUGAUGGUGUUGAAAGUAACAGAACCAUUUACAUAUGACUUUGAAGAAACGAAAAGGAUGUUUCAUGCUACAGUGGCUACUGAAACUGAGUUCUUCAGAGUGAAGGUUUUUGACACAGCUCUAAUGAGCAAGUUCAUCCCAGGAAAGAUCAUUGCCAUAUCACAUUAUAUUGGGUGCAAUGGGUUUCUGGAGAUAUACAGAGCUUCCUGUGUGUCCGAUGUGAACAUUAACCCAACAAUGAUUAUCUCAAAUACACUGAGUGAAAGUGCUAUUGCAACUCCAAAAAUUUCUUAUCUUCUCUCACAAGCAAAGGGGACAUUUGUAAAUGGAGAAUUUGUAGUAUUUAAGAAAAGUGAGAGGCAUGAGUGCAUUUGCUAUGGAAUUGGAGAUGAUACAGGAAAAAUGGCAGUGGUGGUUUAUGGACGACUCACCAAUGUCAGGUGUGAACCAGGCAGUAAACUUAGACUUGUCUGCUUUGAAUUGACUUCCACUAAAGAUGUGUGCCUCCUGAGGUCUGUAAGGCACAGUUACAUGCAGGUCAUCAAUGAAGGAAAGCCACUCAACCCAGACUCAGUCAGGAGAAACUCUCUGGAACCAUACUUCUGAUAACCUGGAUGCCAAUGACACUGUUUGUGGAGAUAAGAUUCAAGUACAGAAAAUAAAUGUGCACAGGCCUGUUGAAAUACCAGUCUUAUAAAGACCAGCUCUUAAUUCUAAGAAAUGGUGCUUUCUCAUAUUCUUUAUACAUUCUAUUAUCUAAAUUUCAUAGGUUGUCUCUAUAACUCCUUUAACUGUUGGUUUGUAAUUUUUAUACCUAAAACUUAAAAAAUAAAAUCCACACAAUUUCUGUUAAGCAGUGUGCCUUUGGCACUAUCCUUUAACCAUUUGAGAUGUGCUUUAAAAUAAAAACUUAGUGACCCUUACAUAAAGCUGGAGAAUACAGGCUUCAAAUGUGAUGUGUCAGGACAAAGCAUGUUCAGAAACAAAUAGACUGUGUUUUCUGCCCAUGAAGUCAAGGUAUUAAUAAGAUGUGGGGAAAUGUUGAACUCAGCCUUGAGUGUAGUUUCCAAAACUAAUAUGCUGAGAACAGGAUCAAGUUUUCACCUCCACUAUGCUUAGUAAUGUGACUGCAUUACAGAGUUUAGGUAUUGGAAAAAAACUUCCCCAGAAUGAGGUGUUUAGGGCGGGGCGUACUAUUUUCAACUAUAAGGAAUCCCAUCUUCAAUUCCAGAAUCAAAUAAAAUCACUGCAAACUUUUAAAGCAAGAUGAAGAAGGCUUAUGAUAAAGGAAAUCAAAGAAAUUAAGAAAUUAGUAUUCUCACAGAGGCCUUUCUAGAUUAUUUCUCACUUCUCUCACUGAUGGUAAGACUUACUUGAUAAAGCAACUGAAGGAACAAUGGGUUCAUUUUGCCCAUAUUUGAAUGGUAGAGAAGGGUGAGGUGACUGACCAUGUACCUGCAGGAGGAAGCAGAGAGAAGUGAGUUCUAGAGUCGAUCUCUCUCUCUCUCUCUUUCUGUCUCUGUUUCUCUGUCUCUGUCUCUCUGUCUCUCUGUCUCUCUGUCUCUCUGUCUCUCUCUCUGUCUCUCUCUCUCUCUCUCUCUCUCUCUCCCUCCCUCCCUCCCUCCCUCCCUCUCUCCCUCUUUUAUUAAAGACAUGAACCUAUUCAAUGAUACUCUCCACAUUUAUGAUGAGUGUUUGCAAAUUCCUUAACACAGUCUAGAAACUUCCUCUUGCACAGCAUAAAAGGAUUCUCACAAGUAAUUCCAGAUCCUGUCAGGUUUACAAUCAGUAUUUACAGUCACAUGAGGCAAUGAUGUGAAAUAGAGGUAAGGAGCAUACAUAGGGAUUUGGACAGCUGAAAUGUAGGCAAGAAGAGGCAAGAGCUAAGGAUGGGUAACUCUCUCAUCUUCUAAAUCCAUGUGUUAUCCCCCAUUCUAAUGAUACUGGAAUUUUGAGCUUAAUGGGAUUUGUUUAAUUCUAAAUCACUUCUCACCAAUAGAUUAAUGUCCCUAAAAACAUUUGUGGAAGGAAAUUCUAUUUGUUUUUAGUAUUUGUUUUGCUUUAACAUGAUCAUCCAGUAUGUGAGAGUGGGACAGAAUAUUGUUUAGCACCUUGAAACUCCACUUUUCUUUUCCUAUAAUCACAGUGCACCUUCCAGAGAGAGAUCAUUAUCCACAUCUACUGUGUACACACAACAUUCUUCAAACAAUACACCUGAAACCUAUUAUCAAAGUAGGCACCCAUAUACAACAGAUUGCAAAUAUAUAUGCUAUGAACCUUGAAAAUGAUUACUGUCUCUAGAAAUACCUUCAUUAAAACCUUAUUUAUAGUCAAAUAUGUCAACUUUUCAAUACCAUGAACAAUGGACUGAUCCAGCCUAGACUAGUUUGAGUAAAUGUACAUCCAGACAAACUAUUUCUUUAAAGUGAACUUUUAUGAUGGAUAUUCUGUUUACCACCUCCUUCCUAUGUAUACUUGUGUGUGUAUAAUCAAAGUAAAGUGCUCUAUGGAAAGGGACAUGCAGGAGGAAGAAAUGCCUACCUAAUCUAUGCUGAUCCACCGAAAUAAAGACUCACUUGUAUUACAUCCCUUCAGCAAAACAACAACUCCUCUUGAACUCCAUGAAAGAAACUUCAAGGAAAACCUGGAGCCUGUAAAUACAUUUACUUAUAAGGCCCACAAUUGCUUUCUGAUCUGUACUGACAGUUUGCAUCUAAUAAAGUUUCACUGGUUCUAUAAAAA